UGCAAUUCUUCAGAAAACAAAAAGUUUGCUAUAAAUUGGCCAGCAUUUGCACAGCGACGAGCCAAUUCUGGGAAAGGAAACUGAAGCAACCAUCGGCGCGGAACGUGGAAAAUCAGCUGCAUUUGUCAACAAUGCUGGGUCUUCGAAUUCAAGUUGGCAACUUCAACGGUCGGGGGAGGAACUGUGGCCAGGAUGGCAAAGACAAACAGCUACGGAUAUUUGUGCUUUUGUAGUCGACGUCACAACUUAAUUAUGUUCGUUGGCAUGACUCUGCUAAUUGUGAGUUAUGGCGUAAACACCGAACAGAUGUCAGCUGGGCCAGUCGGUCUAAAAGCUGUGUCGAGUGCGAAUACAAACUUGAACAACAACAGACGUGGCAUUGGCGAGAGCAGCGUUGGAAAGGAAAACACAAAUAGGCUACAGCAUGCCGUAAUUCUAUUGUCGCCUGUGCCACAAGACAGAGGGCGAAGCAGCGACAGCCGGGAGCAACAGCCACCAUCGAAGUAUUUCAUAAAUUUCAGGAAAUCUCGUUUAUUUGGAUUACUCGGCAGCAAUUAUUCAUUGUCUUACAAUUUGACCAUUGGCUCGGGCAGCACGGCGGGUAACAUAACGGUGGCAGCCCCAGCGCCAGCCUACUACUACGCAGCUGCACCAUAUUAUCCCUAUGGCUAUGACUACUACUACAAUCCGUAUGCCUAUAAUCCGUAUGCCUAUAAUCCUUAUGCCUACAAUCCCUAUGGUUAUAAUCCAUAUUAUUCCUACUAUUGAGGCUGAUUCGGAUCGAAAGCAAGAAGGAGAAAUAAAUAAAGGAAAAAUUAUUGAAAAU